GCGUUAAGCAAUCCCAAUUUUUGGGAGCUGUCGAAAGUGUCUGAUAAUAAAUCUCUCGAUAUCAUACGCCCUUGCUUCCCUGCUUCCCAGAUUGCCCAGAAUCGCCAUUCAAUAUGUUGGAUACGUUCGAAAUCCUGACCACCUCUGGGGUCGUGCUCUGGUCGCGGACUUAUGCGCCUGUUAACCCGUCCGUCAUCAACAACUUCAUCUCCGACGUCUUUAUAGAGGAAAAAGGUGCUGUGGCCGGCGCAAGGAACAGUCAACCUGCAGCGAGCAAUCCGCCCUACAAGGCUGAUCAGCACACUUUGAAGUGGACGUUUGUGAAGGAGUUGGGCGUGAUCUUUGUUGCUGUCUACCGGUCCUUAUUGCACCUCUCGUGGAUUGAUAAACUAGUCGAUAACUUAAAGACGAUCUUUAUUGACUUAUACGGCGAUCAGUUGAAGAAACCUCACACUACGAUCGUAGAAUGUCGUAAAUUCGGCGAGUACUUUGACCAGCAAUAUCGAGAACUCGAGUCGACCGGAUCCUCCAACAACGCACGGUCGGCUGCUAUCACUUCUAUUUCGGAAGAAAAUGCUGUACCAGGCAACACUAAGGAUGGACCCCCUCUACCACCCGGCCUCAAGCCUAGAGGCAAAGCGCAGAAUAACUCCCAGGAGCGUCCAUCCACCGCCGAAUCUACUCCGAAUACUUCUCGGCCAUCGACUCCUAGCGGAAACCACCUGAUCGUGGCUAAGGGUGUCCCUAUGGGGAAGAUGUCGAGAAGGGCCAGAAAAAUAAAAAACAAUUCCGCCCCUAUGUCCUCCGGCGACGAGGCCCCAACGAGAAAAGCUAAGAAAGCACCCAAGAAAGGUCGCAAAUGGGAUGCCGAUGGGUUCGCCGACGAAGAGGACGACAGUUUGCAAUUAGAUUACUCGGCGGUCCAGAAUACUUUAACGAGCGAUAGUGAAGUAGAUGCGGCUGCUCGAUCCACGGCCGGUGAAGGGGUCGAUUCAUCUUCAUGGGGGGUGAAGACAUCCAAGGGACAGUUCGUACUGAAGGACUUGGAUGAUGAAGUGCACUCUAUCUUGGAAUCGGCCGAGGCGAAGAGCACUUCAAAGACGGAAGCAAAAGGGGGCUUGGUCGGAUCUGGAUUAAGUACGAUUAGCAGUCUUUUCCGCAGCGUAGUCGGCGGAAAGACGUUGACGAAAGAAGACCUCGACAAAGCUAUGAAAGGGAUGGAAGACCAUUUAUUGCGCAAGAAUGUUGCCCGCGAAGCGGCUAUCCGGCUUUGUGAGGGUGUUGAGAAGGAACUUCUUGGUGUGAAGACAGGUAGCUUCGAGAGCAUCGAUGCUCGCAUCGCCAAAGCCAUGGAAGCUUCGCUCACUAAGAUGCUGACGCCUACUUCCUCUUUAGAUCUCUUACGCGAGAUCGACUCUGUCAUCAAACCCCCCGCGACGUCGAUGCGAAAGCCAAGACCCUACGUAAUUUCUAUAGUUGGAGUGAACGGCGUCGGCAAGUCGACCAACUUAUCCAAGAUCUGCUAUUUCCUCCUGCAAAACAAAUACAAAGUACUAAUUGCAGCUGGAGAUACUUUCCGAUCGGGGGCUGUGGAACAACUCAAAGUCCACGUGCGGAAUUUGAAGGAGCUAACUGAACGUGAAGGUGGUCAGGUAGAGAUCUUUGAAAAGGGGUAUGGUGGUGAUGCUGCCACGGUUGCCAAGGAUGCUGUGAGAGAGGCUGCCAAUGAAGGAUUUGAUGUUGUGCUCAUCGAUACAGCCGGGCGGCGGCAUAAUGAUCAGAGGCUGAUGUCGUCGCUGGAGAAGUUCGCUAAGUUCGCCCAACCAGACAAGAUUCUAAUGGUCGGCGAGGCACUGGUAGGAACAGACUCAGUCGCCCAAGCCAGGAAUUUCAACUCUUCUUUCGGUCCCGGGCGUACUUUAGAUGGAUUCAUUAUCUCCAAGUGCGAUACGGUCGGCGACAUGGUCGGAACUUUGGUCAGCAUAGUCCACGCUACAAAUGUGCCGGUCUUGUUUGUUGGUGUUGGACAGCAUUAUUCAGAUAUCAGGAAUUUCUCUGUUAAAUGGGCAGUUGAGAAGUUGUUGAGUAAUAGUUAAUUCGGCGAUCUACUAAUAUUGAGAAGGGUUUCCUAGGUAUAACAUUUAUAAAUGCGUAAUAUAAGAUGCCCAUCCAUUACCAAAUCUUCCGCAUUGCCGGCAACAGCAGAUUCAGAAACAGGUAGAUACUAAUCGAGAAUAGACCUUUGUAAUGUUUAA